AUGUUAAUAGAAAAGUAUAAACAAAAUAAUACUGCAUCUUUAUUAAUACUUAAUAAAAAUUCUAGUAAUAGUUCUGAUGAUGAAGUAGAUAAAACAGAUAAAGUAAAUAAAACAGAUAAAGUAGAAGAAACAGAUGAAUGUGAACCUAUAAUUAAUUUGGAUAAAAUUAAUAUUAGUACAGAUAAUAUUAAUCAGAUAGUUCAUUCUGCUAUUAAUAAGGAUGCAAAGUGGAAACUACAAACAUUGUUUAAAGAAAAUAUUCUGGCUCCUUCAUUCAUUUCUGAUUUAUAA